CGGAUUUAUCACAGAUAUUAACAGUGAUAACUCGGUCGUUAGUGUGGAAUAAGCACUAACUCAUUUUUUUGCAUUUAUGACUCUUAACUCCUCGCACUUGUGUCCCGAUUUGGGUACAGCUCCUUUGAUGUGUCAAUGCGAUUUUGGGACAACUCUAAAUUUAUGGAAAAUAUUUGCAACCCAUUGAACACUAGGCUUUAUCUUCAAUACAAAUAUUUGCCAAUGGGAUAUAUAAAUAGGUAUUCUUAUAAUUCAAUUUUCCAGUUUUUUGAUAACUUCUAUUAAUUAAUCAAUUAAAAGAUAAGCAAUGUUAACAUACUUACUAAGUGCUCAAGCUGAGCUAACUAAUGUGACGAAUGUCGGUCCAGUCGACUCAAUAGGUUAUCCAUUUGAUUUCAAGUUUUCCAUCCAAUGUAAUUGUGGAAAGUUUCAUGAUAAACCAGUUGAAAUUAAUCGAUUUGAUAAAUUUAUGGUAACAGGAUUCAGAAGAGAAGCUAAUUUUAAAUUCAAAUGUAAAGAAUGUAAUAGAGAACGAUAUGUUACUCUUGAUAAGAUCAAACCAGGAGUUAUUACUACUAGUAAUGAAUGGUGUAGUAUAUUAAGGAUUUCAACUUUAGGAUUACGAAUUCUUGAAUUUCAUCCUGAUGAUCAAUUCCAAUGUCAGAGUUCACUUUAUGAUAGAAUAAUACAAGAGAUAGAUUUAAGUGAAGGAGAAUGGCUGGGAUAUGAUGAUAAAGGAGAAGGCCCAAUAGCUAUAAAAAAUGUAGAAUGGAAAGUUGAACUAACUAAGUAAAUUAAUUUUAUAUAGGUAC